AUCAGUCAGAGUCUCGUUGGGAGGGAAGAUCUCGCGUUGCCUCUAUAAGCCAUGAAUCGUCGUAAUCGUGGUUCUUCUUCUUCUUCCUCUUCGUCUAGGGUUUCAAAUACUUAUGGGAAUCGCCAUUUCUCUGAUAACCCGAGGGCUGGAUCCGGCGGCGGAGCUACUGAUUCUUUUCGGAGAAGAUCCGAUGUAGUACCAGUCAAACGAAACAAUGAUAAAGACGUAUCAGACAAUAAGGGCGAAGAUCAUACUGACGUCUCCUUCAUCGUCGGAACUUGCUCUUCCAUGUGUCCAGAGAGGGAAAGAGUCACAAGAGAACGCUUGCGUGAUCUUGCAGUGUUUGAGAGGCUUUAUGGAAACCCCUCAAAAUCAUCUAAAGACCUAGCUGUUAAAAAGAACCCUUUCAGCGGCGGAUGUUCAGGCAUCGGAUGUUCGACCGCUCCCAGUGUUAGAAGAAACCCUGAAAUACCUUAUAAGUUUGCUUGACUCCAGGGAGCACCCGUUUGAAGCGGUUCAUGAUUUUAUUUUCGAUAGGACAAGGUCUAUUAGACAAGAUCUUAGCAUUCAGAAUUUAGCCAAUGAGAGAGUGGUCUACCUUUACGAGGAAAUGGUAUAGUUUGACUUGUUUCUUACUAUUUUCUCUUUCCUGGUUCGGUAGAUGGAUUACACUGAACAUGACUAUCCUUUGUCGUUAGAAUUGUUUUCCUUGGGUUUUGUUGCAAGUCGUUUGUGUGUAGAUACUUUGAGUUAAUGUGUUAAUUGUAGAUUUUCGUAGUCAUAACCUUGUUCAGGACGCUCAGAUAGGAUCAUAUUUCUUCUUUUGUAAUUUUCAUAGAAUUGUACCCCACUCUGAUUGAUCACCCUCUUCUGAGUUCUGAUAGAUAAUCAUGAAUUUG